UAUUGCAUUGUUGGUGUCUUCGAUGACGGGCCCCGGUUUAGUUACAAUACCAAUCUUAUUUCAAAAUGCAGGAUGGAUAACAUCAACAAUUGUGUUUAUAUUGAUAACAUUUUUGAGCGGUGCAGCGUCAUUAUUUCUAUGUGAGACACUAAGUUCGGUAGUAGGUAACGAAAAAUUUCAACGCCAAAUCGAAUUCUCCUCUCUCUCAAACAUUCUAAUUUCAAACCCCAAAAAACGAAUCUUUAUCCAAGUAAUGCUCUAUAUCUCAAUCCAAUCGGUAAACAUCGCUUCAAUAUUAAUUUCCGCGCAGUCAAUGGACACGCUCCUUGUUUCUCUGGCGGGACGGACUUGUGGGAUCGGGAUUCAUCCGCGACCCGGGCUUUUUUGUGUAUAUGAACAAAGUCGGUGGAAUAGUCCCUUCGGCGAUGAUUAUAUGCUGAUUACGGCCGGGUAUUUGAUGACAUUGGCUAUGGUUCUUCCUUUAGCUCUUAUGGAAUUAGUCGACAACAUUAAAGUUCAGAUUCUUUCUUUUGGUACACUAGUUUUGAUCAUAAUCGGCUGGCUAGUCACAUUUUGCAUACACGGCCUCGAUACCAAUUUCGUUCCAACAAUAGGAAACGAUCAAAGCCAAACUAUCGGGACCGUACUUUUCAAUUAUGCCUUUGUUACGACAGUUCCAAGUUGGGUUAACGACCUGGGCUCAACCGUCUCCAUAAGAAAAUCCGUAUGGUAUUCAGCAACAAUAUCAACAAUCGCAUAUAUCGCACUAGGAUGCAUAGGCGGGAUGGCCUACAAAAUGGACGUCACCUCAAACAUCAUUGCGGCGAUAAACGCCUCAAAGGAGCGUAGUAUUGUUAGUGUGACGACCACGUAUCUCUUUCCGUUGACGGUGUUGAUUACGAGUAUUCCGGUUUAUACUAUUGUUGUGCGGUAUAAUUUACAAAGGACUGGGCAGUGUGGGAAAGUCACGGCAACUUUUCUCUCGACUAUUCUUCCGUGGACAGUCGUAAUUCCGUUUCAGACAGGAUACUGGUUAAACUCAUUCACAAAUUGGACAAGUUUAAUUUUCACGAGCAUUAGCAAUUUUAUACUGCCCUUCUAUUUCUAUUAUUUGAACGAAAAGCGACGUAGCAACACAAAAGUGGUGGAUGAAGUCGACGACGCCUUUAGUAUAAAGACAACAGGGAGAGACCUAAAUGAUAGUGUUUGUGGGUCACCAGUAAUUCGAUCUCCAAAAUCAGCAAAAUCAGCGAAAUCAGCGAGAUCACUUCCGCUCCCGUUAUCACGAAACAGUCCUUUAUCCAGAUCUUCGUCAAUUAAUAGUGUGCGAUCAAUAAAGAGUUGGUUGUCAAUGCAGGUUAUUAUUCGGUCAACGUCAUCGAAUGACCAUGAUGGCGAUGACAGUGUAGCGAUGUUGAGCGAUGUAGAUAAUAAUGUUAAUGAACAAGAUAAUGACAAGGAACCAGACUCGCCUGAUACAAUGAUUGAUGAUGAAAAUUGCAACAAUAUUCCAGAAAUAAAUAUCAUAGAUGAAGAUAAGCAUCUAGCGCCUUCUUCUAAGCCUUCCCAAAGAACAUUAUCGGUACCCAAAACAUCAUUAUCGGCACCAACAAUAACAUUAUCAGCACCAACAAUAACUCGAGCAGAUUAUCCCACCGAACAAAAUAACAUUAACGAGAAAAGUGAAACUAAAUCUUUUAACAAUUUGUCACUUGCUCCACCAGAAUCAGAACCCAUUAAUCAUCGUCGGAGUCUUUCAGCUCCAUACUCACUGAUAACAUCAUCUACCACUGCAAUUUCUAACAGUUUGGAAGUGACGCAGCAACCCUUUCGACCGAAACUACAUCUUGAAAUUCCACCAAUAUUAACGCGUCGAACUUCGUUCAGCCGUCGAUCAUCACAAGAUGAGUAUCCACCCUCGCCGCCGCUUUCAUCAUCUCCUGUCAUCCCAAUUAUCACUGUUAACAAUGACGAUGGCAUAGCUGUCAUCGUAGAGUUGAAUAGUAAUCACAACUCUAGCAGUAUCGAAAUUAGUAAUAGUCAUGAUGGUAAAAUAGUGAUGAAUAAUCAACUUGACUCCUCUUUGAAAAAGUUUGAUGAACAAGCGCAGCAUCCGCAACGAAAGACAUUCAAAGCUUUUCCGAUUUCGACACGGAAUAGUGUGAUUUGUGCAAAAAUUUGCGGCGCAUUUUCUGUUUUUUUGGUUGGAGGGAUUAUUUUCUAUGAUUUCUUGCAGUUAGCGAUGGGAAAUAACGUGUUUA